UCACUGUGUUAAAAUAACUCCAACAUUUCCUAAAGAUCACUGAAGCACUUCAUUCUUAUUUAAAGCAACGCUGAGUACCGCUGUUAUUUUCUGUCCAUGCGUCCUGAACAUAGCAAUGUUGAGUUGAUUCUGGAAGCGUCCGGAGCUCUGCCCGUGGAAUAUAUAAGGCGUGUGUUCCGAGGGCUGCGACAGAUCAGACACUGAAGUCUACGAGUUCAUACCAGCCGGUUUUGAGCGAAGUGACAGAAGAGGCAGAGACGAUGCUGAGCUGCCGGACUUUCCUCCCUUCCCGUCGGUGGCAGCAGCCUGUGCACACACUGUGGUCCGCUCCACUCGCUGUCUUUGAGCCGCUCGAGUGGCCCGGGUGGGAACAGCCGCAGGAAAUGAGAAAGGGCUUGAACUUCAUGGAGCGAAUUUUCGCGGAGCUGGCGAGAGAGUUCUGGGGGGAAAGAACAAGGAAUGAGAAGCAGAGAGUCGAUGCCGGUGGAGAGGUUCAAGGGAAGACGGUGGACGAGGGUGGAGAUGGUUUUUCUCUGUCCCUGGAUGUGCCGCGAUUCUCCCCGGAAGAACUGAAGGUGAAAGUACUUGGAAGAAAAGUGCUGGUGACGGGAAAACACGAGAAGAAGAGCGGGGACGGCAGCGGCUCUUACAGCUACAAAUACGAAGAGUUCAGGAGGGAGUUCCAGCUGCCAGAAGACGUCGACGCUGAAGCUGUGAAUUGCUGUUUGUCUCACGAUGGCCAGUUAAAGGUUCGAGCCCCACGCCUGGCGCUGCCGGCUACGGAUGAGCGAAUCGUCCCCAUCACCAUUGAAUCUGAUACAACGAACGGUACCCGUCUAACUCCCGGCGGAGAGGCACAGACACAGGAGAAUGGGAGAGUUGACGGGAACAAAGAAACUAAGGACAGUUAAGACUAAUUUGUAAUGCAAACCUAAAAAAUGACCAUAAAAAUGUAUGAUGUGAAUAUAUUUUCACAUUAAUGUUAUAUAAAUUCGUGUUUGCUUGACAGUCAAAAUUUGCUCACAGUACCAAUACAUUCACGUGGAUUAUUUUAUAUAAACGUAUUGAAAUAAAUAAACAUUUUGAAGAAUAAA